GCCAACGUUACAGCAGCUCAACUUCAGCCAUGAACAACUUCAAGCCAAAAGUCAGCAGCGAAUCGCGUGCCCUGCAAACAUACAGUCGCUACAGUCGUAGGCAGCAGCAGGACAGCGAGCCGAAGGGCAAGAAGGCCUUAGGCAAGGACAUAGGCAAGCUGAUGGAGAUUUUCAACAUGCCGCUCGACGUGUUUUUCGAGGUCACCUCGCAUUUGAAGCCGGUUGACAUCCUGCAACUCGCGCGGACGUCGAAGGAGCUGCGGCGCAUGCUCCUAUCGCGGAGCGCUCGAAGUAUCUGGAUCGCCGCACGCAAGAACGUCAUACCGCGCAUGCCGGAUUGUCCGGAGCACAUGAACGAGGCGCAAUACGCUCAUCUGAUAUUCGAGCGCGUCUGCGGUGCGUGCGGAGUGAACCAAUCCGUCAAUGUAGACUACGCCAUUCCCGGGCGUUUUUGCGGUCCCUGCUGGAAAACCAACGCGAGGAAUGGCGGAAAGCUUGCGCGCGAGGCGGGUCUCGCGAAGAAACCCGAGGUGUUCAACCUGCUGCCUAAAGCACACAUCGUCGCAUACCAGUAUAAGAUCGACCCGAUCACGGUCGUGGAUCAAGAGUCGCGCAACGCCUACUACGAGCCCGAGUUUGUAGCCGUAGCAAAGCAAUACAAGGAACUCAUUAAGGGCGGAGACCAGAAGGCCCUCCAGCAGUUUAUUGAUGAACGUAAGGCCGACACGAUCCGAAGGUUCAACUUCAAUCUUGCCAUCGGGGAAUGGGAGAAGGUGCUUUCAGAAGAGCAGUCCAAGGAAAAGGAGGGAGUUCAGCAGGAGCGCGUUGCCGCCAUCGAGGGGAAGUUACGCGAGCUCGGGUAUGCGCCUUCGGAGUACCCCGGGCCAGCCGUGGACUACGGCUUCUAUUCAAUGCUGCAUCAACCCCGCAAGCUCACCCCAAGGAUCUGGAACACGAUCCGCCCCAGGCUCGUAGAAAUCCUGGACAUGUUGCGCGAAGAGCGUGCGGAGAAGGCCUUCAAGGUGAAGUGGCAGAACCGACGGGACCAGCUCGCGCAGCACUAUCGCGCGUUCCUGGCCAAGGAUCGCGACCAGGACAAACGGAAACUCACGUUGCCUGGGUGGGAAGACAUGCUGGUCCUGUGUACCGAUGUACUCACUGGGGCGGAGCCGGACGCGGACGUCACCGCCGACGAAUGCGCGGCCAUCGAGAAGCUCGUCCUGGCCAAUGCGGACGAAUACCUCGCCAAGGCCAAACGCGACCUUGCAGCUCUCGCACGCAAGGUCAUCGAGGCAGAGAAGGCCAUGAUCAGAGGCUUACAGAGGCCAUCUCAGGCGAAGGGCAGCAAGGGGAAGGGGAAGGGGAAACAGAUGGCGUCUAGCAGCGAGUCCGAGGAGGACUUCGACGAAGAAGCCGAGCUCGCCCUUCUGGAAGCGACCACCGCCAUGUUCUCCUGCACCAGUAAAAUCCUGGCCAACCAUCCGAACUGCCGCGGAAAGCAGCCCUACCUCGGCAUGAUCCAGCACUGGCAGGAGUGCCACGGUCAGUUCCUGUGGUCGGCCGAGCCCCUCCACUAUUACCCCCCGAACUUCUACAGCCAGAAGCGCGUCGAUCGGUUCGUCGAGAUGCUCUCGCUGCCGAAGGACGCGACGAUGUCGGUUAUGGUGAAAGCGAUCGAGGACGGUCGCCGGUUUUGCUCGUGCGGCUUCCACCCCGCGGAGAAGUUCCUUGGAGAGGCUGAAUAUCUUGCGCUGUAUAGGCUGUUGACGCACUUUAAUAUGGACGAUAGCGCCAGCCAUCAGAUUGGCCUCGAACCUAUCUCGAAGGACGGUCCACAGGGAAAGGCUCAAGAAUGAUUUCUGGCCGCAUCUGAACACGCUCGGUGGCAUACCGCUUUGGCUAGCGUUGGCAGUUUAUAUAGGACGAUACCCAGGCGUUCUGUUCUUGUCUUGUGCGUCUUGUGUUUUGCGACCGGCGUGUCGUAGUCUAAUUUCUUGGUUGUAUUUUGGGCCGUUGUAUAUCUCUCCAUUGGACUCCUAGUUCCCUCGUCUCCUACUCAAUAAACUCUUGCUUCGCAUCUGAGCG